AUGUCCUCCAUAUUAGAUAACUCUGGAAAGAUGGCAGAGGAAGCCAAACCAAGUGGUCGCAAACGCGGCCGCCCUCGCACCGUCACUGAUGAUCAAGAAGUGCCCGAGAGACGUCGCAAACAACUUCGUCUCGCGCAGCAGGCAUAUCGCAAGCGAAAGGAGACCACAAUUGGGAACCUGCAGACUCGCGUGCGCGAAUUAGAGGCCGGAAUUGAAGAUAUCAGCAAUUCUUUCCUCUCGUUCAGCGAUCUUCUUAUAGAAGACCAACUCGUGUCCCAAUAUCCACAUAUCGCAUCUGCCCUCCAAACAAUAAUACAGCAAUGCGUGUCGCUCGCGAAAGCUGGGACUGAUGAACCGACCGAGGGAGCCAUCAUUCGCACCAAGAAACAGCCUGAAGCCUCAGAUAAUAACACAGCACCAAAUCCUGCUCCGGACAGAGCAUAUUCAGAAACCUCAACAGACGUCGAGGAUGUAAUUCGAUCAGUUGCCACGAAUUGGGCCGAUCCGCCGACUCCGCCAUAUCAAGACCAGUCUGUCCUACCAUUUGGCCUCAUCCACAUGUCAUCGCCUGCCAUUGAAAUCCCUUAUCUGACCCCACCCCUAUCGAGUUCUCCGGGAUCACUGGACUUCUUCUCUGGCAAUACACAGCCUGGACGGCCGUGGAAUAUCGCACAACGUCUAGUCCAGGCUUGCUGCCAGAACGGAUACCGCCUCCUCGUCGAGACUCCCAACCAUCCUAGUAUCCAGACUAUCUUUGGUUCUACAUUGAGUCUGGCGGAACGCAACAGGAAGAUCUCGGCUUUCUACGCUGUCACGCAAGACAAGACGGGUGAGUUGGUGGACACGAAAGCUAAUGUGCUUCAUACCUUGCGGGCGAACAUGGACAUACUCUCGGAUGGACAACUCCAGAUUCCAUCUAGGAUCUGGCAGAUUGCGUUCGGGUCUGAAAAUGGUGGACAUAUGGAUGCUAAUGAGGUGCAACAAUACCUGUGUGACAAGAGAGUGAUCUUCCAGAACUUCCCUGGUGCCACUGGCCAGCGUGAUUAUACGGUCUCUUUAACGGUUGAUAUGCCAACUUUCAUCAAAUUACUGUCAGUUGACGCCUUUUGCGUAGGGAAUGGGCCCACAUUUCAACGGCAGAGCGUUGAAAAGGCUCUUCGUCUGGCAACUGUUGAUGUCCCCUGGGAUCUUGACAAGUUGUGUGCUAUAUAA